AUGACAAACUUUUUUAGAUGGCUUGUAAUGAGGAAGGGAUGGGGUUAUCCUUAUUGUCUUAACAUAAGAGAUUCUAUCGUAUGGUCAGUAAUCCCUGCCGUCUUUUUUUCAGCAAUUAUUGCCACUAUUGUAUGUUAUUUGUAUAUUUUUUGUGGUUUUAGAUUAAUCACUUUAGAUAGCACAGUAGUUAAUACUAUUUCUGCCUUACUCGGUUUUUUAUUGGCUUUGCAUGCAAGCCAUACUUUUGAGAGAUACUUUGAAGGUCGAAAAGCAUUUCAGGAUACAUGUGGUUUGAUUAGAACUGCCUUCCGUAUUACUUGGACCAAUAUGGAUAGAGUUUCUAACAAAGAGAAAGUUGUAUUGAUGAAGUUAUGGCUCGCCUUCGUAGUUGCUACAAUACAUAGUUUAAGAUCUGAAAGUGGUAUCGACUCAAAAGAGAUUAAAGGACUUCUUCCCAGAGACUUUCACCUUCAAAAAGUAGUUCAAAUAUCUGAAAUAACUCCAUCAUCUAAAAUAAAUCCAUGUAUGGAUUUACCACUUGAGAUAAUAGCUUAUUUAAACCUAUAUUAUAGUAAAAAAUUUUCUGAAAAGGAGUUUGAUGGUAUAUCGUUUGGCAUAAUUUCUGAAGCACUAAAUGAUUUAACUCGAUUUUUGGGCAAUAUGCAUACCAUUAGUGAUGCACCAAUUCCUUUUCCAUAUCAGAUUCACAUGAAACAGUCUUUAAAUAUAUAUAUCUGCUUUCUUUCACUUGCACUUGUUGAAAGCAUGGGUUGGGCUACGAUUCCAAUUGUCGCAAUAAUUGCUUUUAUAUUGUUUGGUCUUGAAACUCUCGGAAACGAGAUUGCAAAUCCAUUUGGUGAUGAUGAAAGUGACUUACCAUUAGAAGAAUUUUGCGAUAAUUUAGAAUCUGAGAUGGAUUAUUAUAUAAAGAAUAUUCCAACAAAUAUAAAUAAUAUAAAUUUAUCUGACUCCUAG